CUUCAGUUCAGCCACAGACCACUCUGUGCAUCUCUCUGUGCGCGUCUCUCGGAUACUCUGCUGCUCAACCUCACUGGACAACGCAACCUACUUUAAUAAUAGCAUAUGUUGUUGCAUGUGGAACUACAAGACACCUGUCUAGAUGGAAUUAACGUUGUAUCUAAUACUUAUCGGGAGUGGUUGAAGAAGAAGCGCUUGUUUUCCUCAGAGGAAAUUAGGAGUUGAUGAUGGUCUUUCUGACUAUGGAAUUAAGGCGGUCAAUGAAAAGUUGGAUUUUAUAAAGAAGCGACUCAAUGCCUUGGAUCCAUAAAAUGGAGAGAGAAAGCGUGUAACUCCCCAAGCUUAUUAAGAAGGAGAACGUAUUUGGCACCACCACACAGGGAGAGGAAAUGCAAAGAGCCUGGGUACUCCUUAUUCUGAUAGAAGAGGGAUUUGCUCUGGCACAGAGAACUAAAGAGUCCUUUUCUCAGAAUGAAGGCAGUCCACCUCAGAAUAUUAACGAAUGUGGCAUCUGGGUCCGCAACAUCAACGGGGGAGUCUUCACGUCCCCCAACUACCCCAACACAUACCCCCCUAACAAGGAGUGUGUUUACAUCUUGGAAGCUCUCCCUCGUCAAAGAAUCCAGUUGGCCUUUGAUAAGAACUACUACAUGGAGCCCUCCUUUGAGUGCCGCUUUGAUCACAUCGAGGUGCGGGAUGGUCCGUUCGGCUUCUCACCGAUCAUCGACCGCUUCUGUGGGUCGAAGAGCCCAGGCCUGGUCACCUCCACGGGCCGCUUCAUGUGGAUCAAGUUCACCAGCGACGAGGAGCUGGAGGGUGUUGGGUUCCGUAUCAAAUACACCUUUAUAGCAGACCCAGAUUUUCAUCUGCACGUGGGUGGACUGUUAAACCCGAUUCCAGAUUGUCAGUUUGAGAUUGGUGGCUAUGAUGGCGUUAUCCGCUCCAGUCAGGUAGAAGAGGAGGAUAAGAUUAAGACUGGUGACGCUGUGGACUGUAUCUGGACCAUCCGCGCUCCUCCUCAGUCCAAGAUUUUCAUCCGCUUCCUGGAAUACCAGAUGGAGCACUCCAACGAGUGCGACAAGAACUUUGUGGCCGUGUACGACGGCAGCAGUGCCAUCGAAAACCUAAAGGCCAAGUUCUGCAGCACCGUGGCUAACGACGUCAUGCUCACCAACGGGGUGGGAGUGGUGCGGAUGUGGGCCGACGAGAAGAGCCGACUCAGCCGCUUCCAGAUGCUCUUCACCUCAUUUGUCGACCCCCCUUGCAAUAGCAACACGUUUUUUUGCCAUAGCAACAUGUGCAUCAAUAACUCCUUGGUGUGUAAUGGGGUCCAGAACUGUGUCUACCCCUGGGAUGAGAACCAUUGUAAGGAGAAGAAAUCCAAUGGCCUGUUCCAUCAGAUUACUAAUACCCACGGCACGGUGAUCGGCGUGUCCUCAGGCGUGGUUCUCGUCCUACUCAUCAUCUCCAUCCUGGUUCAGAUGAAGCAGCCCAGGAAGAAGUUGGUAGCCCGCCGGCCAGUCUUCAACAAGGCUGGCUUCCAGGAGGUCUUUGACCCUCCCCACUACGAGCUCUUCUCCCUCCGUGACAAGGAGAUCUCCUCUGACCUGGCUGACCUAUCAGAGGAGCUGGAGAGCUACCACAAGCUGCGCCGCUCCUCCACCACGUCGCGCUGUGUCCACGAGCACCAUUGUGGCUUGCAGGCCUCGGGAGGCAGCAUGAAGCAGAGCCGCACCACCCUCAGCUCCAUGGAGCUCUCCUACCACAACGACUUCUCCAAGCCCCCACCCAUGAAGACCUUUAACAGCACCUAUAAGAAAAGCUGCUACGGCUACAAACAGACUCACGAUUGCGCCGAGAAUGUCAUUGAAGACCGCGUCAUGGAGGAGAUCCCCUGUGAGAUCUACGUCCGCGGCGGAGCGGCCGGGCCAAGUGCUGGGCCAGGAGGCUGUGGCACCCUCAGCUCCCGCAACGGGGGCCGCAAUAACACCAGCAUCGUCGACCCCCAGCAGCGUUCAAUGUCCAUGGACUUCUAGGUGAAGAUGGGAGAGGGGGAAGAAAAGGAGGAGAGGAACCUGACUCAAGUUUAUUUCCUGGUUUUCCUUCUUUUGAUCAGUUUAAUAGGGGGGACUCUCGCAUGCAGAUUCAGCCUUUCCCCUGUAUGCUCAAAAUAACGGGACACUGCCACACAGAGAAACAGUCAGAUGAAAAUGACUUGACUGUUUACUGUAUUUACAUUCAUUCACAUGUCAAGCACAUGUAUAUAUUAUCCUUUUAUUUUCAUCUAUGUACUGUCUAUUAAAACCAGAGUAUCAAGCUU